AUGCACUUCAGCACCAGCAACAUCCUUUCCAGCCUCCUGCUCGUGAGCAGUGCCGUUGCCACUCCCGUCGCCAUCCUCGAGGACCGGGACAUUGAGGGCCGCGCAGUCCCCGUCGGCCAGGCCAUCUUCAAGUGCACAGUCCCCGGCACCAUUGCCCUCACUUUCGACGAUGGCCCAUACGCCUACACCCAGAAGUGCCUGAACCUUCUCAAGGACGCUGGCAUGCGUGCCACCUUCUUCGUCAACGGUCAGAAUGUCGACACCAUCACCAACCGUGCUCCUGCCAUCCAGCGCAUCAUGACCGAGGGCCACCAGCUCGGUUCGCACACAUGGAGCCACCCCUACCUCACCCAGCUCAACGAGGCCCAGGUCCGCACCCAGAUGCUCCAGCUUGAGAACACCCUGCUCCAGAUGACUGGCAAGAUCCCCACCUACAUGCGCCCUCCUUACUUCGACUACAACCAGCAGACGCUCAACAUCAUGGGCUCUCUCGGCUACAAGGUCAUCCACGCCAGCAUCGACACCCUCGACUGGCAGUGGCACGAGCCGAACAACUUCCAGCAGGCCGUCGAGAAGUUCCGCACCGAGCUCAACGCCGGCGGCUCCAUCUCGCUGACCCACGACAUCCACUACGGCACCGUCAACUACAUCCUGCCCGAGCUCAUCAAGAUCGUCAAGAACCGCGGCCUCCGCGCCGUCACGGUCGGCGAGUGCCUCGGCGACCCGGUCGCCAACUGGUACCGCGGCGCCCGCACCAGCACUCCUCCCCCGGCCCAGAACCCGCCUUCCAAUGGCGGCGGCAACAUCGGCCCCGGCGGUGCCUGCGGUGGCAACAACCGCUACAACUGCGCCUCGGGCCAGUGCUGCAGCCAGUACGGCUACUGCGGAACCACCACCGAGUACUGCGGUGCUGGCUGCCAGCCUCUCUUCGGCCGCUGCAACUAA